UGCGUCAGCUUUACGCAAUCGGAGAGGAAGAAGGGGCGGGUCUGGAGGCUCAGGGCGGCCGCCUAUUGGCUGAGAGGCGCCGGAGCCGGAGCCGGGCGGGACCUGGCCUCGCCGGAGAUGGGCGGCGCCGCGAGUUUGGUUCAGGAGGUGGGUACCGGCUUCAGUGAGACGAUCAUGGCAGCUCGAACCGGUCAGAGGGUCCUGAGAAAGGUGGUCUCGGGCUCGGGAUGUCGUCCAAAGUCGCCGGUAGCAGCUGGACCCCCGGUUUCGGCGCAGGGGCCUACGCGGAACGUCAGAUACUUAGCUUCCUGUGGUAUACUGAUGAGCAGAACUCUUCCACUACAUACCUCAGUUUUGCCCAAGGAGAUAUAUGCAAGAACUUUCUUCAAAAUUGCUGCACCGUUAAUAAACAAAAGAAAGGAGUAUUCAGAGAGAAGAAUUAUAGGAUACUCUAUGCAGGAAAUGUAUGAUGUAGUAGCAGAAAUGGAAGAUUACAAGAAUUUUGUUCCAUGGUGCAAAAAAUCCAAUAUAACAUCAAAGAGAUCCGGAUACUGCAAAACACAAUUAGAAAUUGGAUUUCCACCUGUAGUGGAGCGCUAUACAUCUGUAGUAACCAUGGUGAAACCACAUUUAGUUAAGGCAUCCUGCACCGAUGGGAAGCUUUUCAAUCAUUUGGAGACUGUUUGGCGUUUUAGCCCAGGUCUGCCUGGCUACCCAAGGACAUGUACCUUGGAUUUUUCAGUUUCGUUUGAAUUCCGCUCACUUCUACAUUCUCAGCUUGCCACAUUGUUUUUCGAUGAAGUCGUAAAGCAGAUGGUAGCAGCCUUUGAAAGAAGAGCGUGUAAGCUGUAUGGUCCAGAAACAAAUAUACCUCGGGAGUUAAUGUUUCAUGAAGUUCAUCACACGUAAAAAAA